GCCAUCGUGGACAUCUCAAAGACUCGGAGGCAUCGAUUCGCCAUAAGCGAGUGUGUGAGGAACUCUACGAAGCUUUGGUGCUGUCGCGGACUGAUACCGACGCCAUGGGCGGCGGAUCGGCGGAUGUCUGAGACUCUCAGCAGUUUGGGUGUGAGUUCGCCGGCGAAACCUGGACAUCCUCCAGCAACCCAAUGCAAGGACGCAAGGUUUUGAAACAUCACAGGAGAGCUAGUUGGCCUCCAUCUUCUGCACUUGCGAUGUACUGUUACUGCUGCACUCUUGCUAAGAACCCAGCAUUAUGUUCUCACCUCCGCCGAAACAGCGUCAACAGAUCUCGCCCAGUUGGUGAGUCUGACGUGCAAGUGGAAACCUUCCGUGACGUGAAUUUUCCCCUGAAUGUAUGCUGACAGUGGCUAGGUACCUCGAUUCAAGCACGACAUGCUUUCCGUCAUAAACCGCCUCAGGCGAAAUGCUGGUACCGCUACUGUCCGUCCGGAAACAUGCGAUUCCUGCAAGAAUCUGUUGCAGAAUGGAAUUGGCGCUUCCCACACAGAUGAGAUCCUCUGGGGAGCAUGCAUCUUCCCAGGUACACCUACUCUACAAUCACGGCCUUUUCGAACGUAGCCGUGAGAAAACUGCUGCUGGCUUUGAUCAGCCGGUUCCUUGCCUGUGCCCGCAGCCCGAAUUCACCAUCAAAGUUUCCGAGAAAUCAACAGCUCCCCAGGCCUUAUACCUACACGCUUCACCGGAUCACCGAACAUCACAACUGUCAAACUUUAGUCGCCCGGAGACGUCGGCACGAAUAAGGUUUCGCGGUGGACGGUCGAGGUCGAGUCUCGACGGCCGCGAUGGAGUGUCGACGAGCAUAUGGUUACGCA